UAGGUAGGACAAGACAUUUUCCAAUAUUCCAUCGGGCAAUUCGAGGAGAUUUUUAGAUUUUUCCAUUUCCGGAAGUGAAGUAAAGUGGAGCCUCGUUCUGAGAAAGGUCAAAUUCAAACAGGAAAUGAAAAUCUAUCUCCAAAUUCCUUCAUAAAUUAGCUAUUUUCAUCUACUAUGUUAUUCAGAAUAACAUGAUAUAGACACCAGAUGCUUCAUAAGGUCGAUCACCAUGACGACUGAUACAGAGAGCCAAGAGUGGUUAUAUGAACUGCUAAGUGAGGUCCAAUUAGAACAAUUCUUUUCUAAACUACGCGAUGACCUUCAAGUUACACGAUUGGCACAUUUUGACUAUGUCAAAAAUGACGACUUGGAAAGAAUUGGAAUGGGAAAACCUGCAAUACGAAGACUUUUAGAUGCUGUUAAAAAGCGAAAAUCAUCACAACGAACUAAUAUUUUUAAGAAACUUUUGCCUGGUGGGAAAGAUCCACCAAAAAAAUCUAACAAUGUUUACAGCACAUAUGACCAUGAUAAUCAAUCAUUGACAUGCAUCAUCAAUGAAAAGGACUUAUGCAUGUAUGGCAAACUUGGAAAUGGAUCAUUUGGGGUUGUACGGAAAGGAGACUGGACUACACCCUCAGGAUGUAAAAUAUCUGUGGCUGUGAAAAUAUUAAAGAAUGAGGUUCUAGCGCAGCCUGGUGCAUUUGAGGACUUUGUGAAAGAAGUGAAUGCAAUGCAUCAACUGGAUCAUCCUAACCUUAUAAGGCUGUAUGGAGUUUCCCUGUCUUCGCCCCUUAUGAUGGUGACAGAGCUUGCUCCUGGAGGCUCUCUAAUCAACCGGCUGCGUCAACAGGGCCACAGAUUCUUAAUAGCAACCCUGUGUGAGUACGCUGUUCAAAUUGCCAAUGGAAUGUCCUACCUGGAGAGUAGAAGAUUCAUCCAUAGAGACCUUGCAGCAAGGAAUGUCCUCCUGGCACCAUGUGAUAAAGUCAAAAUUGGCGAUUUUGGCUUAAUGCGAGCAAUCCCUAGUCAAGAAGAUCACUAUACGAUGACAGAACAUAAGAAAGUGCCAUUUGCCUGGUGUGCUCCAGAGAGUCUUAAACUGAGGCAGUUUUCACAUGCUAGUGAUACAUGGAUGUUUGGCGUGACCCUGUGGGAGAUGUUUAGUUACGGGGAAGAGCCAUGGGUUGGUAUGAAUGGGACUCAGAUCCUGGGGGAGAUUGAUGGAAAAGGGAGCCGGCUCGCUAAACCCGAUCAUUGCCCUUCAGAUAUAUACCAGCUUAUGCUACAGUGUUGGGCUCAGAAGCCACAAGAUAGACCCACAUUUGAAGCUCUGAAAGAUUUCCUUUGUGAAGUCAGGCCUAUUGAAAUGAGGGCUCUGAGGACAUUCGAGGAGCAAUCUAGACUACAUAUGCAAGAGGGGGAUUAUGUUACAGUUAUAGAAGGAAGAUCCGAACAUUACUAUUGGAGAGGUCAAAAUAAACGCACAUACAAUGUCGGACAUUUAGAUGCCAGAGGAAAACAAUGGGGAGAUCCAGAGGCCAUAGACGAGGUGUAUUUAAGGAACCCUAUGGAUCCACCUGACCUCAGUGGUAACAUUGAACCUGCUCCAAUAGUUCAACUACCAGACAGAAACCCAACCAAACAAAAAUCAAAAUCAGAAUAUGGUACCUUAAGAGAUUCAAAGAAGUUCUUUAACUAUCGUAAAAUGAGUGAUAAUGAUGACACCCCAGUUAAAGAUUCUGGUCCUGGAGCAAAGAAGACUAGCCCAAGUAGACGUCGUGAAGGUUCAGUUACCUCAACAUCUGGCCCUUCUAAACAAGGACAUAGACUGAGCCAACAAAGUUUACAACGUAAGCUUGAGGAAAGAUCGAUUAAAUCUAAAUCUAAUCCAGAACCCGCGGAAGCCCUUCUUAUUGAUUUCAGUGAUGAGAACACUAAAAAUACAAUGUCUGAAAUAUCAAAUAAGAAGCCAAACUCAGACAACAUUGACACAAUGUCUAUUUCAUCUAUUGACAGUUUACUUUCCAUUUCAACAAUGCAUUUGCCUAAUGCUCUAACUGAGUCAACGAAAUCUCCAGAUGAUCCAUUUGAGAUCAAACCUACUGGAUUAUACAAUUUUAUGACCCAUACUAUCUCUCCAAACCCACCUUCGAAUGCCCUGGCAGACCCUGCCAAUAAACCACCAACCCAAUCUAAUGACUACCUAGUGCAGCCAACUACUGGAAUAUCACCUGGAAUUUUAAAUUUGCAGAAAGCUAUCACUGAUGGUAGUUCCAAUGGUGUCUUCAAGAGGUCACCAGUGAAUUCUGUUAGCUCUUUGGCAUCAGAGCUUGCAUCUCAUGCUACCCAGCAUGCUCUGCCAACUACCCAACAUUCUCCCAGCAAAGAGCCCAACCUUACCCAGAAUGCCCAGCCUAAUAAACAACCUCCCAUUCCUAGGAGACAUUCAGAGUAUGGUCAGGGAGAGCCUACAUCUUAUUACUCAAAUGUUCCCCAGUCACAACCAAAUUCUGAAACAGCUACAGAACAAGCGGUCAGGCCCAAGACAAAACCUCUAAUUGCAGCAAAGCCUCAACACAAAACUCUAGGGGUCCACCCUGUAUUUGCAACAGUGUUUAAUUCAGGAGCUACAUCUCCUAAAAAUCGUACAAAAUCACCACAUGGGGCCUCACCGAAUACAAGUACACCUCCCCCUAACAACACUCCUACACAGGAUGCGAGGUAUUAUGAUCAGGUUCCAGACGAAAGAGGUGAUGCAUUUAAUUGGAUGCAUAAUGCGUUCAGUGAAUUUAACCUCAAACCAGACUCAGGCCCUACACAGCUACCCAUGUAUGAUGAAGUACCAUAUGAAGACCCUGUGGCUAAACAGGGGUCAGGUUCAGAUGAAGAGCCACCUCCUUUACCCCCUAGAGAUUUCCCCAGAGGGUCAGACCAGCCCACUAGUAUGGCACGUAUAGCACCUGUCAAACAAGAUGGCAAGCAACUAUCACAUACACAUUAUUUCCUCAUCCCGAAAAAGGGAGAAAAAAGUCCUGAUGCUGUGAGUCCUUUAACCGCUCAGGUGAAACCAUUCUCUGUUGGAGGAAACCAAGUUGUUGGAAAGUCUGAAUUCUAUGCACCAGCUACUGAAGAGACCCAACGUUCGAAUUAUCAAAACUUAGAAACUGUUACAGCACCACAAGCUGUUUCACCAUUGGAACUAAACGAUACAUCAGAUCUGACUUGGUCUGGUAUGACAGGUUUCAAACCUGUUGGUCCAGAAUCAAUGGCUUCAUCAACCCAUACUACCACUAAACAUAAACCUGCUGAUGCUGGCAAAUCAUGGCAUCCGAUUCAUACUAAAGCACAUGAUGAUGCGGUUAGUGCAUCACCACGUGACAAGGUGAGGCUAGUACAGCAACAAGUACAUGGUGUAACAGAAGAGGAGAGUCACGCUGCCCUGUGUAAGAACCACUGGGAUAUUGAUAGAUCAGUAAGGUAUCUGAAACUAGAACAAUUGUUCAGACUUGGAAUAGCAUCAAGGGAACGUUGUAAGAAACUUUUAGAGACAUUUCAAUGGAACCUGGAGCUUGCUGGUUCAGUUCUACUAGAUGAACUCAGUAUGGGAUCAACUGUCUGAUCACUAUGGGAUCACCUGUAUGGUCAUUAUGGGAUCAAAUGUUUGAAUACUAUAUGGGAUCA